CGAGCGCGCGUGCGUGCGUUGAAGUUUAGUCCUUGUGUCGGUCAUAUGUCGAGUGCUUCUACCAUAUAUAGUACACGGUUUUCAGUGGUGACCGCUAAACUGGAAGGCACGCGAAAUGAACUAUUGAACAGUUCUUAAAGUAAUUACGAAGGUGCAAAUUUUUCUUUUUUUAAAUUGUAGUUUAAGUCAAUAGAACCUUUGAUUUGAAGUAGACUUUCUAUAACAGUUCAUAAGUACCACCUUUCAUUCUCAAGACAAUGAAGUUUUUUCAACGUCCGGUUGUGUACUACCGAUGACGUCCUAUUGCAUAAUAAGACGGCGAACACUUUUAGAUACCCUUAAUUUUCCGGGUAACUUUUGUUAGAAUACUUAUGCAGUAUUUUGCGUCAUCAUUACUAUUGAACGAAGACAUUAUUGUGCGGUUGAAUUAAAGUAUCAUGAAACAUACUUCAUAAAUCAAAUGAUAUGCAAUAUGACGUCACUGGUUGUACGAAACGGGCACAUUUUAAACAAAACGAAAACCUCAAUAUCCUGAGAAUGAAAAGUCUUAUUCACAAACUGUUUUAGAAAGUCUACUGUAAUUGUAAAAGUUCUGUUUGAUGAGACUAUAAUUCAAAAAGUAAAAUUUUCUCCGCACGAACGGUGUAAGCGUCAAGUUUGUUUCCCUGUCCUUCUGUUGCUUCUCGUUGAAUGAAACGUCACUUGGUACCUGCUUUCUAGCACAUGGCUUAUUGAUCCAUUGUUCGCAUUGACAGGUAGAACCAUGCAACCGCUGUAGUACUAUGAAUUGUUUAAAUAUUCAACGUCGCUAUUUCGCACCCUAAAUGAUGCGUUUUGCGUUGAAAAUUGUCGCGAUGAUGCUUUGAAAAUGUCCUAGUUUUGUAGGUUUUUCGUAUGACAUUUUCUCUCGUAUUUUUUUCGCAUUGAAAAAUAAUGGAAGCGAUUUUGGAAAACUUGUCCACGGUUGCGACGGCCGGAAAGAUGAAGGCCAUCACCGACGCCUGUGACGAAGGCUUAGAGGCGCUUCUGAGAGAGACAACAGGCCGUGAAGUGGAGCCGUACGAACUGAGGGAAAAGUGCUUUCUGCCUUUGAAGCUCGCCUUGGAGUCACGUGUAUCUAAGUUAGCCAAUCACGCUCUCACUGGCUUCCAUAACCUGAUUACAGAUGAGCGUUUUCAAUCUAUGGUAGAGGGCGACGUUCAUCGUCAACUUCCGGUGCAAUUCGUCAAUGCUGUCGUUUCAACACCAUCCAUGUCGGAUGAGAUACAAGUGGAGAUCAUGAAGAUGCUGCUCAUGAUCACGUGUUCAGCCUCGUGCGAGGUUCAUGGGGAAUACCUGAUAAAGAUAGCAGAGGUCUGUAUCGAGUCAUAUACCCGAUCAACUCAGUCCUGGACAAAGACUGCCUGCCGUACAACGCUCUCGCAAAUGAUGAGUUCCGUGUGCAGCGAACUUGAAGAGAACCUAAAGAAAGAGAUGCUUUCUCAUCAUUCGAAAGAUUUGCCUCAUGCUAUUCGUGGUUUGGAUCUGAUCCCGAACGAGUCGAGCAAAAUUUUAACGCAAGAUGUUUCGAUGCUGAUGAAGCAUUUUUGUCAACGUAUACCAUCGAAUCACAGUACGUCCCAACAAAGUGACGAGCUGUCCUUAUGCUUGGAGGCUGUGUACGUGCUUUUGUCAAGUUUGUCCGUCGCCAUCAGACAGCAGAAGGAUUUGAUUAAUGUUGUAUGGCAAUACUUAUGUCCCACCAUGAUCCAUCUUCUUGGCAGCCCAAUCAGUGAUGUUGGCGCGAAAAACAAAACUCCCGGUGCCUAUCCCGAAAACGGAGGACGCGGGGCUCGAAGUCUCGGUUCGCCUCUCAAAUCGAAGCUUCUUCAAUCUCCCGCGCAAAUCAUUUACCGUAUUUCCAAGGAGUUGAUUCGAUUAGUUGGACCAAUGAGCACGAUGCGGCCUGUACUCGACUCUCUGUUCCAUCGAAUCCUGCUGUAUCCUCCUCCGCAGCAGAGAACCGAGGCAUUGAAGGCAGUCACAGACAUUCUAGCCAGUCCCAGUCAUGUCGUACAUAUUGCCGGGCCUGUCAUACCGGAUACCGCUGUCCCGUCGACUCCCGACUCACCUACGAAGCAGAAGAAAUCUGAAGAAGAUCUGUUGAAAGUCUUGCUCGAUGGUAUUGUUGAGUGCUCCCAGUCUGGCGAUUCGAGUGUCGUGGGAGGAAGUGUCAUUUGUGUUGUCGCACUUCUCGGCUCGCUCGAAGAACUGAGCCAAGGCGAGGGUCUGUCGCAAGAACAGAUAAAGCUGUUGAAAAAUGUUGAAUAUGUCGAUGGAUGGGAAAAGAUUCGAACGGAGAACUCUACCAACGUCAGCGACGACUCGUCUCAGACCAUCCCCAAGUUCACUCUAGCCAACGAAGCUUUUGAUGAGGAUGACAACAUUGAGGUGCAUCAUGGGAAGUUAAAUUUACUCUGUGGAGUGGAUGAAGGAUCCCCGGCACUUUCUGCUCGUAAACAGGUGGAGUUAUCUUUGGAUCAAGUGGACUUCGAUAUGGUCAACGAGAAGUUUGCUAGUACAGAUAAGUUAUGGGAUAUAAGUCGCACCAAUCCAGAUGGCAGUGAACAAGAGACUAUAAACGAAGGCAGUUUUCCAAACCAUCAUAAGAGCGUCCAUUUUGCCGAAGAUCUCGAAGAGGAAUUUACGAUCGAAAAUCGGGAAGACCAGAGACUUGGUCGCUAUGGUGAAAAGUCACGUGUGGUUGUGCCUCGGAGAGCCGGUGGCUUACCUCGUCGCAUCGCGUCGUCACCUUCGAGACCAGGUGUCGUGAAACGUUCGGCAUCGUUCGACAGCAAGUCCAAGACAAAGCCUGUUGCAAAUGAACGACGCCGUCUUAAUGGCGAUCCCUUAUAUUCUAAAGCGUCCAAGGAUGGCAGACAAAAAUUGCAUCGUUUGAAUUCAGAUGUCGGUAACUUGCCGACCGCCGAGGAUACUGAUGACGAACACGAGAGACGGUCGGCCAUUUCCAGGUCUAUUCUCAGAAAGACGAAUCAACAACCCAAUCAUGUCUUGGAUGGUGAAUUUUCUGAGAAACCUAAAGGGAUACUCACAAAUUCUGCAAUCAUUGACGUCGGCAACAAGAAACAAGGCGUGGUUAAGAUUAACGGAAUCCUCGUCAGUCGAUCGCGUGAUACUCGCUCCCAGGCUUCCCCAGAACAUGUGUCUCCAGGCCCGGACAAAGUCAUCGAGAAACGGAAAUCCGUGGAAGAGAACGAAGAGGGUGCGCGCAACUUUGCGCGAUGUCUUCUGGGUAUUCUCCCAUCGGUUUUGAGCCUUCACGAUCCUGCAGCGGUAGACGAAGCUUUGCAGCAGUUUGCAUCUGAUGUUUGCGAAGCUGUCACUUGUAUGGCACUUAAGCGUAAGAACGUUCCGAACUUCGGAACUCUUCGUGGCUCGUCCGAUCUUCUCGAUGAUACUUCGGGAAAAGGGGCGAAGUCAUAUUUGCAUUAUCCAAUUCUGAACGCGGACUGCGUCUAUGCAGCGGUGUAUGCAACUCUCAAGUUGAAUUUAAAGUUGCAUCGUUCUGGAUAUUACAGUAAAAGACCGGAGGACAGCGACCUCUUUACACUGGAGAGCUUUGUGAGAAGCAUAAACAACUGUGGUGUGGAGGUUGGUCUUUCCUCGGUAUGGCUUGGAGAACUUUAUCGCCUUGUGACAACCUACGAUAUUCUAACCAAAGCCGGAUACAGGGCCGACGAUGUCAGUUUGAAUCGCGCUCUCAUCGAGCUAUUGUCGGACAAUAGUCAGGCUCCAAGGAAUACGGACAAUAAUCCGAAAAUAAACGAUCCGAUUUUCAUCCAUGUCAUGGAGGAGAGGGCAAUGUCCGCCAUUCAAAGACAAGGCGGGAAAUUUGUUCGUCGUGUUCUCUUAUUGACAUGGGAGUCGCUUCUUGAAGUACUUCGAGUUCCCAUCGAAUCCCCUUCAUCAGACAUUGUUCAAGAUAACAUUGGAAUAGCGCUGGCUGUGGCAUCCGAUGAAAGGAAACCGCAACCUAAAGAGAGGGAUUCGGUUUGCACAAGUCUUGAUGGACUAAGACGAAUAGCCCGCCUCUUUUGUACGCUGGGUAUUCAAACAGGAUGUGAAACAGUUCUAUCUCAACUUGCCAACGUUUCUUGCGGCGGCUCCAGUUUCAAACCAAAAGCUAUUCACGUGAAAAGUAGGAUGAAGCUGCAUGCAGCUCACGUGCUGACAAUGGACGCCCUGUUGGCCGUUGGCCUGGAUUUGGGAAGUCAUGCUCCGAAAUGCUGGAAGCACGUGUUUAGAUGUUGCACAUACAUUGCUGGCCUUCAGAAUUCUCAAUAUGCUUCAACGGUCUCGCGAUACGCGAGCCCGUCGUCGAAAGUUGUCGAAGUACCUUCCCCGAUUUCUGACGCGUCGUCCGCCUCCGAAGUACCUAGUCCAGAUACGCUAUCGGAGAGCGCCUCGGACGUUGUCCGACACCAUCAGGAGUGCGCGCCAGAUGCGACUCAAGUUCUAAAUCCAACGGAUGCAACGCGUGCGAUAUACGCCCUGUCUACCUCGGUCGAUCGCUUGUUCGAACAUGCUGCAAACACCUUGAGCUCCGAUGCCUUGGUUUCGAUGCUGGAGUCUCUUGCCGAGGCAUCUGCUGACCAGUUGGUUGGUGGUACAAUGGACGUGUUAUUGCGCGAACCCCACGCAGUCGUAUCUGUGAAAUGUCCUCUUUCCUCCAACCUCCAUUUCUGCAGAAUGAUCGAUGUUGUGUUGCGUUGUACAAGAGACGCGAGACGACCUCUUUUACAUUUGAUGAAAGUGUGGUCGACCGUCUCGAGGUAUUUUGUAAAGUUGAUGGUCGACAGCAACAACAAGGUGUUCCAGCUCUCCUUGGAUCUCAUGAAGGACACGUUAUUCGUUGUACUGAAUAAUCGCAAUGAAAUAGCUCAUUUUUGGUUUCACGAGAUGCUGUUUAAACCUUUCUCGACCAUUUUGAUGUCUGGCAAAUUGGAUAUUGAGCAUGAAGACAAGGUUCUGCAGAUGCUCUGUGAAAUUGCUCGCACUAACGGUGGGGUCAUCAAAUCUGGAUGGCGAUCCAUCUGCUCUGCAGCUGGCGCAACUCGUGUGUCACCGCCACCACGUACUCCGGUGUCUGAUCAAGAAGUUCCAAUGCCCAAAAUUUUGGAGAUUGUCACAUUAUUUAUCAACAGCAAAGGAGCGCUGGUGUUUUCCCAGGCAGCGGUCAACUGCAUUUUGUGUUUAUCCAAAUGUCUGCAUUUGUCGACCGGUUCUGAAGAUGGUCUUGGCGACGACCGAAGUCCUCACGAAAGCGAGACCUCCAGCAAUGUGAGCGAAGGACCUUACGGUGAUAUGUGCGUUGCUGCUUUGGAUCUGCUGUCGAAGAUUUCUGAGAGAUUGGCAUCGAUUUACGUGAAACCCGCCAACGUCAUCUUUCACGGAUCUCACUCGGUAAAGAUGGAUGAUAGUUCAUUGUCAUCACCAUCGCUUCCCAUCAUGUCGAAGGUUGACACAGUCGAAGAUCCUUCAACUCCAUCGUCCGGCUACGCUAGCAGCGUUACUACGAUGGAUGACAGUGGCAUAUUGCGCGUGUGGUAUCUGACCUUGGACGUUUUGUCGUCGACCGUAAUCACUUGUCCCGGGAAGUUUCAGCUCCAGGCUCUUGAUAUGUUGUUCGAUGUGCUAUAUUCGAUCUCUUCGGUCCCAGGUCCCCAUUUCUCCAUCCUCGUCUGCACCAACUUGUUGCUACCAAUGCUUCAUAACUGGCUGGAGAGGGGGACACUCACCUCCGAAUACUGGCAACGAACGGCGAGCAACUUCAAACAGGCAUGCGGGUUGAUGACGGAACUUAUUGUGAGAGAAAUGGGGCGAUUUUUGAGCCUCCAAGGGGCACCAGAAUGCGUGUUGACGUUGAUGCAGGAAGUGUUGGAUCUUUUAAAACUUGCCGUGUCGCAGGCGAACGAGGUGAUAGCAAGAGUAGGAUGCUCUUGCUUCAGGCAUUUGCUAUUGUCUGGUGGCUCGCUCUUCAACGAAGACAUCUGGAAGAUUAUUUGCGAGGGAUUGCGUGCAGCGAUGCGAGCAACACUCGUUCCUGUGAAACGCCUGAUACUCUGUUAUCAAGCGGGCUCGAGUAACGUCAGCGGCGAUGACGGAUAUCGCGUAAGGGUUCUAACCCGUCGUGAUGCAUCAUGGGAACAGACCAUCCGUCAUGGUCAGUUGGCUGAACAGGUUUUCCUGCUUGAAUCGCAACUCGAGGAGGAGUUGGAACAAAGCGAUGACGAAUUCCCGACGAACGAAGACGAAGACGAAGAUCAACGAACAUUUUUCUUCGCCAUUUCAUCGAGCGACAGCCAAGAAGGUGCAGAGAGCACCACCAGGAUUCCGUUUCGCGAUCUGGUCGUUGGUCUUCUUGCGCAUCAGCUUCUUCUACAGUCCCUUGGUUUGAUGUUAUUGGACGAUAAAAUUUUCUCAUUCAUAUCUCAUAAACAUCCUGGCGAUGAUUACGAUAGCGAAACGACGAUGCCCGGUUUAUUGAACCAUCUGAGUCCCGCCAACUUUUCCAUCGUCUUCGACUGCUUGAUGGAAUCGCACACUGUGGCGUACGACUUCAACAGUCGCUUUGGUCUUCGCUCUUUGAUUCAGAUAAUCGUUCGCCUCCGUGCGCCCGCGAACCUACUUCGACAAUCCACGAUGGCCUUCAAGUUCUAUUUUCAAACGUUGUUGGAAAUAUGUCGCUUUCACGGGGAACACGUGUCCGUCUCGUCGGUAAAGCGUAUUCUCGUCGGUGAGCGAAAAUUAAGUCCCGAUGCUGAAAGUACCCUUCACGAGGACAGUGAUGCUCAACUGGGAGACGUAAAAAGUGCUGAGUGGUUCGUUCGCAGGCUCCACGAAGCGUGCUCUCAAUUGAGUGGUGUCUACAAUAAACUUUACACGUGCUUUGAGUUCGAAACUCUCGAGAAAAAUUUGACGUCCACACCCGACUCAUCCCCGUCAAAACUUCGCUCUCAUUUUGGUGACGAUUCUCUUCCAAUCAUACGGCGAAAGAUAGACUACCCAGAAAUGGUGAAAGGUGACACGUGCUCGUCACCUGAUCGCCGUCAAUUUGAGGGAAAAAAUAACGACGAUAUUUUGCAACUGCGAACGUGGACUGCGUUGACGGUCGACAUGUUGGAAACGUUGCUUGGCCUUCCAACCCUGCAAUUUAAACCUAUUCUCCCGGCAGUUUAUCCUGCUUUGAUUUCCAUGAUUCCUGUUUGUGGGGACCCGAAAGUUUGCGGGCUCCUUUACGACAUAGUUGCACGUGUCAGUUCCUUAUAUGGAAUAAUGUAGAUUAUUGUAUAUGUGAAGUUUGAAUUGGGUCACAUAAUUGGAGGUACGUGUCACAAGCGCAUCACGUGAUGCAGCAUAAAGGACGCAUUUAAUGUUCGCGUUCGUCGUAAACCAGCUCGUUACCAUUGAACUGAGUAUGUAAUUGGAAAGCUAAUUUUAGUUAGAACACGCCUGCACUUACUUGAAGCCUCCAAACAUGCGUGGCUCGAGGUAAAGUCCCAAAUUAUCGUUGUAAUCUUGUUUUGCGACGUGCGCAUUAUCGUACUGGCUUCAAAGGUAGCCUCCAUUUGUAUUCAGUUCAAUGCACCUAAAGAAACCUGACCAUGCCACAUCAAAGGUAGCCUCCAUUUGUGUUUAGCUCAAUGCACCUAAAGAAACCUGACCAUGCCACAUCAAAGGUAGCCUCCAUUUGUAUUCAGUUCAAUGCACCUAAAGAAACCUGACCAUGCCACAUCAAAGGUAGCCUCCAUUUGUAUUCAGUUCAAUGCACCUAAAGAAACCUGACCAUGCCACAUCAAAGGUAGCCUCCAUUUGUAUUCAGCUCAAUGCACCCAAAGAAACCUGACCAUGCCAUAUCAAAGGUAGCCUCCAUUUGUAUUCAGUUUAAUGCACCCAAAGAAACUUGACCAUGCCACAUUUGCACCUGAGCAUAUUAGUUUAUUUGAUGAAAUGCGAUAAGUGUUUGUUCUACGAGCGUAUUCUGCUUGUAGCGAACGUACUUUGCUAAUGUCAAGCUGCACAAUACUAAUUUGAAUUCCCUUUACGCUAUCUGCGGAAGGUCACGUGCUCAGAUCCACGCGCUGUUCCUCGGCUGAUUUUUUCCAUCUUUGUUGUACAAGACCUCGUAUUUUUCAAAUGAUAUAAAUGUAAAAAGUAGGACAGUAUCUUUUAUUAAAAUAAAUUAGUCAAGAGUUUAUCGUCACUUACAUUGAACUGACUUAGAAAAUUCAAAUGAACCUCAGCGAACUUAUAUUGUGUAUGAAUUCAAUUGAUCAAGUGAUUGAGAUUCUACGGUUAUUUUAUUGUUCUAAACACGAUUAAAUCAUUUUGUGAUGUUUACAAAUUCGA